AUGGGGAGGCAGCAGAGACCAGGACAGUGUCCAUUCUCUGUUAUAGACCCUGGCACAUCCAGUGCCAAUGGUAAAAAGUGCUUUGCCUGUGAUGGACAAAACUGCAACACACUUCUAAACUGCCAGGACAAUGAGGACCACUGCAUUAAAACAACAGUGGCUGUAGGAGGUGAAAAGGUCACCAUGAAGGGCUGUGCCUCCACGUCAAUCUGCUCAAACCCACAAAUUUCUCAGGUUUCGGGAGUCAUUGGAGCAGAAGUCAGUUGUUGUCAGGGUGACUACUGCAACAGUGCCAGCAGCACAAGGGCUGGUCUUCUCCUGGUCACACCACUGAUCCAUUCGGUCCUGUUCUCUUAAGUGAUGGAGACAGCAGUGUCACUUUUCAGUCUUUGCAUGGCCUCAUAGUUCUCACACUCCUUUUCUUAUCCUUUCA